AUGCCACCAAAAGUUAAGAAAUCACCCGCGGCUGCUGCAAGACGCGGACAUGAACCGAAAACUGCGACUGCUAAACGAACAGCACCGGGUAGAUUAAAAAGAAUAGACAAGUCGAAAGAUAAAGGAAGGGCGGGAAAACCUACGGAAAAAUUGAAAGGAUGGCUGCAGACACCGGCCGAUUGGGCACGUUUCAAUGCCUGGGCGAAGAUUAAUGCUCAGCCAAAAAAGCUUCCGGAACCCGAGCCAAUAAUCCGAGAGUCGAUGCCGCUCUUUUGUUUCCGCAAAAGAUUGAAGAUAUUGGCGGCACCCCGCAAGACGGCCGAUCCGAGUAUUAAUUGCAGAUUGGAUCAGAGAAUUCCGAAGUCAGCGUUGACGAUCGUCCCGUGGAGGCGACUGAUUCUUCUGGCGUUGCCAAACGUGAAGCUGUGCGACUAUGGUCGGGUGUUUUACAAAGUCUCCCCAGCAGCCCUCGAGUACGAGGCUUCCGACAGGAUCUGCGAACUAAGCCAGCCUCGCGUCUAUAUUCCCGAAGAAUGCAGACCCCCCAUAGUCUCGAUGUGCGAGGAAAGGAAAGUGGUCGACGAGGAACGAUUGAAGAAGCUUGCUCUGGCGAAGAAAUUGCUUCACUGUCCCGAGCAAUUGACCCCCGAAGAAAUCGCUGAGAUUUUUACACCGUACGGCAUAAAGAGAACCGCUCUCCUGUACAAGAUCACACCGUGGAUGAGAUUCUUGGCAUUGCCGUCGUACAAGACGAUAAAAUACAGAAAAGACGAGGACGCGGUGACUUGGAAGAAAAUAAUAAUCGAGGACGGGUCGGAAAGGGGUAAAGCUGCUCUGGCCGAGCAGGAGAAGAGAAUUGGAAGGAAGAGGAAACACAAGGAACUGGAAGAAGGAGAAUCGAAGGAGGGUAGCGGCGAUGCCGUAGAAAAAGCUGAUGAAACGAGGGGUAAAGGGAGGAAGGCUAAACGAAGAAAAUUAGAGAAACAUGCUUGGAGGUAUGCACCGCAUCCGUGCAAAGAUGAUCCUUUCCGUAUCAAAAAAGGAGCGUUGGAGGGCAAAGUACCGCCAAGCGUGGAUGAAUUAUCAAAACCACGCAUCCACGAAAGCAAAGCUAUCAGAUCCGACCCUUUCACGGUGAAAAAGGCUGCUUUGGCCGCUUCAGCUUCUGCGAGAGUAGAGGAUCUGGCAAAACCACGGAAUCCUUUGAGCCCCAUCGAGAGGAAAUCACCGCGCGAAAAGGACAAAUACGGAAGACCGAUAUUUCAAAUGCCUGUCUAUGGUAAACGGUUGCCUAAAACGAAACCGUACAAGAUGGGCGAAUGUCCGCCGAAAAAGACGGGGAAAAUCGUUAAGAAGCGUCCAAUCGAUCCGAUCGCUUACGAAUUAACUUACGAUCCUUGCAUCUAUCCAGGUUUGGCCAGAAGACAGAUGCGGGAAAGAAAGAGAGCUCAGAAGGAUCGUACGAUGCGUAGGAGGCUCGAGAAAAAUAAUGAAUGA